AGUUCAGGCCUAAAACGUCACUCGAUGGCAAAAAAGAAGAACGCAAUCACGGCUGCCUACGUGCGCUUAACUGUCAAGAUCGAACUACCAGACAAUGGCUUAUUCACCGAGCGUGAUUUUGAGUUGUUCGUAAGACAGUCUGUUACAAAAGUGCUGGGUACUUGUGGACCGGAAGUGCAGAUUGGGGGCUAUGAUGAGGUAACUCAGAAAGGGAACAUCAUAAUUGGUGGUGAAGAUGCCCAGCUCGUCUGGGCUGCGUUGACAAUCAGUGGUCAGUAUCAAGGAAGAACGAUUGCAGCCCACUUUUUUUCGCUCACGGAGUUCGAAGCCGGUGAAGACUUCUUAUUGACACCCGUCUUUUGA